UUUCCUUUAAUAAUCCAUACGACGCGCCUUCUGCUUUUGUCAUUUUGAAAUGCGGCUUCUGAGGCACGAAACUUGAUUCCAAUUUUCAUUUCCGCCUUCUUUCUCCUUCCGCUACCUUGAAUCUCGUGCACGUGCAGUUGCAGUACAGCACAAAAAAUGCCAGAAAUUCAAUUGGGUAUGCAUACUAUCAGAUCACAUGGAACUAGAGUGGCAAGGAUACAUAUGCAUGACUGGUUGAUUCUUUUGCUUCUUGUGAUCAUUGAUGCUGUCUUGAAUAUAAUAGAUCCAUUUCACCGUUUUGUUGGAGAGGGGAUGUUGACAGACCUUAGAUACCCGUUGAAAGAAAAUACUAUUCCCUUUUGGGCUGUUCCAAUAAUAGCAAUAUUGUUACCGUUGGCUGUUAUUCUCGUUUACUAUUUCAUUCGAAAGGAUGUUUAUGACUUCCACCAUGCUAUACUGGGCCUUCUAUUUUCUGUACUCAUUACUGCGGUGAUAACUGAUGCUAUCAAGGAUGGUGUUGGACGGCCAAGGCCAGAUUUCUUCUGGCGUUGUUUCCCUGAUGGAAAAGGGGUGUAUGAUCCAGUAACAAGUAAUGUUCGAUGUACUGGAGAUAAGGGUGUUAUUAAGGAAGGGCACAAAAGUUUCCCCAGUGGACAUACCUCUUGGUCCUUUGCUGGUCUUGUUUAUCUUGCUUGGUAUCUAUCUGGAAAAGUUAGGGUAUUUGACCGUAGGGGCCAUGUUGCAAAGCUGUGUCUUGUUUUCUUACCUCUCCUCGUAGCAGCUAUGAUUGCUGUUUCUCGUGUAGAUGAUUAUUGGCAUCAUUGGCAAGAUGUGUUUGCUGGAGCUCUUAUUGGGACGACAAUUGCAUCCUUUUGUUACUUGCAAUUCUUUCCACCUCCAUAUGAUAUAGAUGGUUGGGGACCUCAUGCAUACUUCCAGAUGUUGGCUGAAUCUCGUAAUGGAGCUCAGCCCUCUACGGUGAAUAAUGUGCAAUCUGCUGAGCUUCAGGCUGUAUCUUUGUAUAUCCCACCUCAACAUGAUGCAGAUACACGAGGCAAUAGCUGGGAUUCAAGCCCCAUGUUAGGUGCAUCACAAAAUGUAAGAGCACACUGACUGCCGUAAAGACCUAGGAAAUGUCCAUAAUCUGUAAAAAUUAUAGGGCUUCGUGUUGCAGAUAAUCUCCACUUUAGCAUCGUUGUCAAAAUGCGGAUGUCAAUCAAAUUCCUUUGAUUCUAAGAUGGUUGGUUGGUUGUUGGAUUGGAAAUUUGGGAUGUCUUAUUAGUUGUCUUUAAUGUUUUGGCCAGAUUAUAUUUGUUAGUUGUCAAAGCACUGUUUUUAUGUUCAGCUGUUAAUCGGCUCGACGGGAUUGAAGUAUGAGUUACUCACCUAUACACUGUCAGUAUAAAGUUUUUUUACACUGGCAACCAAUUAUAUAUUUUGCAUCAGGAGGGAAAGGAAAAGAAUUACAUAAACAUAUCUACUUAAAA